AUGGCCCGCAUCCUAACCUACCUCCUCAUUCCUCUCCUAGCAAUCCUCCUCACUGCGCAUGUCGAAUUCAACUUCAAUAACCUCCUCUCCACCGCCGACACCGCGCGUGUGCUGCUGCUCACCGCGCACCCAGACGACGAGUGCAUGUUCUUCGGGCCCACUCUGACCGCGCUGAAGCGCAGAUCCGAGCAAGAGGGAGAGGCGGUGGAAGUGCACUCGCUAUGCCUUAGUGUUGGAGAUGCGGAUGGGUUGGGCGAGGUGCGCCGCUGGGAACUGGUGAGGAGCCUGGAUGUGCUUGGUGUGGAUGCUGGGAGGCGGAGGGUCUUGGAUAGGGAAGACAUGAAAGACGACAUAACAGCCACUUGGGACCCGCACACGAUAGCCGACAUCGUCACGUCCUACGCCUCAGCACACAACAUCACCACCAUCCUGACCUUCGACGAGCGCGGCGUGUCCUCCCACCCGAACCACAUCUCGCUCUUCCGCGGAACCGCCCUCGCGCUGGCCCUCGCCCCGCAGCCCCUGAGGGCCUACGCCUUAGUGAGUUCGCCGCUCCUCACGAAGUACCUGGGCGUGGCCAGCGCGUUCGUGGCGAAAGUGCGGGUGCCGCUGCAGGCGCGCUCGGAUAAUGGCGUGGACCGCGCGAUGGUUGUGUCGAGCGCUGCGGAGUACGCCGUGACGCUAAGAGGGAUGCUGCAGCAUUGGUCGCAGAUGGUGUGGUUCCGGUGGCUGUAUGUGGGGUUCUCGAGGUAUAUGUGGGUGAAUGAGUGGGUGGAGAUCAAGAGUGCGGCGAGUCUCGAGACGGGGAAGGUUGCAGAGCUAUGA